AUGGCAACACAAGACGAUAGACGGCGGCCCGCCGCCCUUGAUUUAACGCCUUCGCGGAAGUCGUCCACCGGUUCGUCCUCUAUGUCAUCACUCAAGCCGCCCAGAACACCGAGAUUCGCAGAAGCCACAUCAGUCAAUUCGCCGGUAGAGCCACGGAGUAUGCCAUUCGGAAGGAACGAGAGGUCACGGGUAGCCCAGGCCCAACCCGGCGACGUUGGAUUUGGGUAUAUCGCUGGAGGAUCAACAGGAGAGUCAGUCAACGUACCAAUGACGCCGAAGACGCCGUUGAAGAGCGCGAUGAAGAUCCCGGGCACGCCUGCGAGAACUUUCGAUAAUCCGUUAAGCCCGACUUUCAGGGAAGAAGAGAUUUUAGAGAAGCGGGAGAAGGACACCGAUAAGGAGCAGGAACGAGAUCUGGGUCUCAAGACGAAGGUGCGGAUGGCCAAGUUCGCGCUCCGAGGCGUCAGCUUCAGCUGCAGCAUGAUCAUCCUGGCUAUGCUCUCAUCCUCGUUUGCCAUCUUCCAUGCGACUAGAGCUCUCCCAGCGCAGAAUGGGUUGCCGCCGUGGGCGUCUAACACCAACGCCUGGCCGCAAAUACUCGUCCUGGCCGUUUCUUGCCUCAAUCUCCUCAUCUGCAUUCUCAUCUUCAUCGGGUACUGCCGUGGCGGCCACCGCCGCGCGGAGAAGGUCGGCGUCUACUAUACACUGUUCGCGGUGGGCUGGUUCAUCGUCUCCAUCAUCCUUUGGGCCGCCGCCGCCGGUGUCCUUCAGUUCACGAGGAACAACAGCGACAACAAGGACCUCUGGGGAUGGGCAUGCGUCCAGAACCAUCGCGCCGACCUAUUCUCGGAGAAAAUUGACUACGCGCUGGUCUGCAGACUACAGAACUGGGCACUGAUCUGUAUCAUUAUCGAGAUCGUGGUUGACGUCAUCACGAUCACGCUCUAUAGCGUCGUCUUCUACCGGUACUACACCAAACGACGCCUCGCGAAGUCGAUGGACCUCCGAGACCGCGCCCGGUCGGACCUGUACCUGGCGCAACUGCGGUCCCAGUCGGCACCCAACACCCCCGGAUUCGGUCCCAAGUCGCCGUCAUUCUCGCAAUACGCCAUGUCGCCGCGCUUCCCGCCGUCGGCUUACAAAUCGCUCUCGGACAUCUCAGAAGCAGAAGUGCCCCCGUUUACGCAGGGCGCGCAAAUUGCUGAGCCGCCGUCGGCCUUCGCAGCCCAGAGAGGCCCAGCGGAGAAGCCAUUCAAGCUGCAAGCCCCUCCGAGCAAGGCGCCGUCUGCGACACCGAAGCUCGCCCAGAGUCCAUUCAGGACGCCAACGACACCAGACGCCCCAGGUUUUGGCCCCGUAACCGGCUCCGACGCCAAUGUUAACGUCAACGAGCACGGCCCCGUCGCUCCCGGUGAGAUCCAGUAUGCCGCAGUGCCUAUUCCUGGGGCGUACGCGGACGCGGCUAUAAAGAGCCCGCCAGCCGGUCAGACGAGCUUCAGCAUCGGCCGGUAG